AUGCCUCAGCCUGCCAAUGGCCGUUAUCACGAUGAGCGCACCCCGCUCAUCGGUCGCACCCAAAACUCUGCAGACGAGUCGCGCGUCAAGACGCUGCCCAAGCACAUCUUGCAUCUCAUCUACGCCACCCUUGCCAGCAAUUAUGUCAACGUCUUGCUCGUCUUUGUCCCCAUCGGCAUCGUUGCCGGCGCCUUGUCCUGGAACCCUACCGUCGUCUUCAUCCUCAACUUCAUCGCAAUCAUCCCUCUCGCUGCCCUGUUGAGUUUCGCCACCGAGGAGCUCUCCGCCAAGCUUGGCCAAACCCUUGGUGGUUUGAUGAACGCGACGUUUGGAAAUGCCGUCGAACUCAUUGUUUCCAUCGUUGCCCUCAGGCAGGGUGAGAUUCGAGUUGUUCAGGCCAGUAUGCUCGGCAGUAUCCUGUCAAACAUUCUCCUUGUGCUCGGAUGCUGCUUCCUCGCUGCCGGUAUCAGAGAGCGCGAAAGCCGUUUCAAUGAAACCGUCGCAUCCACCAUGUCGUCGCUCAUGGCCGUCGCCUCCGCCUCGCUCAUCAUUCCUGCUACCCUCUACGCAGUCAUGCACACCGACAGCAAGAAGGGCGACCUUGAGACGGACCAGAACAUCCUUGUCCUCUCCCACGGCACCUCCAUCAUCCUUCUCAUCAUCUACGUUCUCUACCUCUACUUCCAGCUCUACUCGCAUCACAGCCUCUUCGCUGAUGUCGAGGCACAAGAAGGCGAGGACCAGGAAGAGCCCGAGAUCCUCUCGCCCAAGGCUGCUGGUGUUGCCUUGGUCGUCGUUACCAUCCUUGUCGCCAUCUGCGCUGAAUACCUCGUCGACAGCAUCGACUCGAUUGUUGAAUCAGCGCAUAUUAGCAAGACAUUUGUUGGUCUCAUUCUGAUCCCCAUCGUUGGAAACGCCGCCGAACACGUCACAGCCGUCGUUGUUGCAUACAAGGGCAAGAUGGACCUCGCUAUCAACGUGGCCAUUGGAUCCUCUAUGCAAAUCGCCCUCUUUGUCACCCCCUUCCUUGUCAUCCUCGGCUGGAUCAUCCACCAACCCAUGACUCUCCACUUCCAGGGUUUCGAGACGAUGAUCUUCUUCAUCUCGGUUCUGAUUGUCAACUAUCUGAUUCAGGACGGAAAGAGCAACUAUCUCGAGGGCGCCAUGUGCAUUGCCAUCUACGCCAUCAUUGCUCUCGCCUUUUACAUUUAUCCCGACGACGCUGCCGGCACCAUUACCAACGAGGUUAUCAGGCGCUUCUUCGCUACGAGCUAG